UAGGCAGCAUGGUCUCCGACCUUAGCCUGUUCCAAACGGAACAAACGUACUAAAAAAAAAAAAAAAUGAUUGCCUAGUAUUAUGUGUUUUACAUUUUAUUAAAUUGUUAUUCAACAAAGAGGAAAAAAUAAAACAAAAAUUCCACAAAGUAAUAAGAACUAAAUAAAAAAUUAAUAUAUUUUUUUGUUUAUUUACAAUAGUACAAACGCAGUUAAUGCCUUAAUCUCUCAUGGAACAUAUUCGGCAAUUCGACUGGUGUUCAUCACAACGGGACUUUCAAUUCAUAACAGAGGAUGAUGUGGACAACUGUGUGACGGAAAGAAUACUGCGUAACAAAUUCCGUGACCCACUGAUUUCCAGCGACUCCGAGGAUGAAGGCCAGUCGAGUAUUCGGUUUGACUGGGAUCAAAUAUUUAAAAGAGAGGAGCGCCAGUCGCGCUUGUACGUUCCAGGAAUACGACCCAUACCACCAUACCCAAAAUUGUCUGCACUCACAGCCCAUCAGCACUACCAGUGCCUCAAAGUGUUAUGUUCACAAUACCCUCACGUAUUGGACGAACAGUUCAUACCGAGACCUACCAAACAAGAUUACAAGGUUUGCCAAGAAUUACAAGAGGCAUAUGCAAAAGAACAGAAAGAAUAUUUGGAAUGGACCAAAACGCAAUGGACCAACAACCACUGCUCGCGAGCAUUACGCCCCAAACCGCCCAUAGAAAUGGUGUACGAAGCCGAAUACAAAUUGAAAGCUCACGAACUACAGUCCUUUCCGAAGGAAUAUGAGAUGGUCGCUCAAAUCCCUCUCGAAGCAAAGAACCAUAAAUGCAAUAUGAUUUUUGAUAAAGAUUUAAAAAGUGUGAACAUUACAGAGCUGCCACUACUCGAGUAUUCAAAAUUGUUACACAAGAAAACUGUUGUAUUGAAGCCGUGUCCAGUGCCGGAGCCUUGUAACAAGCAUCCAUGCAGAUUUAUACUGCCAAACGAGGACUCGCCAAGCAUGCUGCCGCUGCGCGGUGCACACUUCCCUGGCACACUGGGCCGCCGCUGCGGGGGCGCCGCCGUGCUGGCCGGCGACGCGGCGCUGCGGGCCCUGCUGUCCCCGGCGCGCUGGCGGCUGCCGCUCUCCGUCUGCCCUACCAUCGGACAAGAUGGCGAAGCUUGCAACGUCAUAAUAUUGGACAACGAGUUCAGCAUGGCGCGCGAGCCGGCGCAGACGCGUACCUACAAGGCCUUAAGAUAUUUAUUGGAAAAUGCACUGUUGCCAGUGAAAAACAGCAGUCGGUCGGAUCAAACGGGCGGUUCCAGUUGUAAUGACAGCAGCAAGGAAUCCAACAGUGCUACCACCUUACUGGACGUGGACAUGAGCAGCGACGACGAAGACAAUAACUUGUAUAUAGAUGAACCAAAAAACGAAUCUCAAUCCGACCGUUCAACAUCAGAUAUAGAAAUGGCAGAUGAGCAAGAAAGGAGUGUUAAAAAAGAUAAAAUAAAUAAACAAAUGGACGAAAAACAGAACAAUGACAGUACUGACAAUAUUGACAGUGUUGGUUUCUACAAUUGCACAUGUAAAGACACAGAUUUUGCUAGACCCUUACCAAGAUCGUUUAGGAAAUGGCAGAUCAAAAAUGAGACGACUAGAGAUGCACUAGACAUUAUAAUACAUUGCACACAUAAAGUCAGGGGUGAAAGUGGCGAAUUACUUCUAGAACCAAUACCGGAAUAUCAAAUAGAAUUGGGCGGCAGUCGACAGUCGCAGGAUCUGGUCAGAAGUUUAGCUUUGUCACUACUGCUACGAAGGAAUGCUUCUUUGCUUAAUGUGAGAAUAGACGCGUCCACAGGCGAGAUCGUAACCAUAGAUAAUGUAACUCUCGAUGAGUUGACAAAGGACAACGAUAUGCUAUCCGAGGCAGCCAAUAGGAUAUACACAACUCUAAAUCAGCUCCAGGGUCUGAUGCCAGGACAUUACAUUCUUGAGCAUGAGCCCGGCCACGGUGCAAAUGCAUUGCUAUACGCGAGCCGGUCGAGCGAAUCGCAACGAGCGCAGUCGCUGCAGCUGCAGUUCGGCGGCGCGCUGCCCAGCGAUGCCGACGAAUCGGCUGCCGUCCGCGCCGCGCCACCGCUCGCACCACUGCUACUACCAUACCACAAGUUCCGCCGCUUGCUGCCGUGCGCGUUCACGCCGCACGCCGACCAGCUGGCGCGCGACGCGAGGAGGCCGGCCGCGCGACAACGCACACCGCCGCAAGCGAUCAAGUUGGACGGACAGGAGCAGAGGUGCGCCGGUCGAAAGUGGCCAAAGAAGAAGCGGUCGAGGAAAAGAAAGCUUAAACACAAUUCUGUUUAUAAUAAAUUACUAUAUUUAUUUAUGUAA